GGGUCUCUACUAAGUGAAAUAAGACAGCAAAAAAAAGAAUUAGAAAAGCAAGAGACCCGUUAUUUUGUUUAACGGGUCUCUAAUUUAUCAAAGGGCCCACUUUUUAUUUGGAGAAAAUAAGGAAAGAUAAAUAAGAGACCCGUUAUUUAUUUUAAUGGGUCUCUAAAUGCACUGGACCCACGUGACUACAGAGAAGUAGAAAAAGAAGAGACCUUUUUUUGUUGAUACCGGGUCUCUUGCUUUUUUCUUCUUCAAAUCUCCCAAACUUUGUUUCAUUGAAAAAAAAAUCAAGCUUUUCUAUCUCUCUUCCUCCACGCUGCAUCUCUCGAUCUGAUAAACCAGAGUGAUAAAAUCUCCGCGAGGUUGGAAGCACAUAGAAGCGAGCAUCCCAAGUUCAGCUAGCUGUAUACACUGGCAGAUCUGAACAAGAGGAAACUAUGGCAUCUACUUAUUCUCAACCUCGAAAAGUACAUCACUCUUGCCAUUUUCCAAGUUUGUUACGUUUUAGCUUCAAUCUAUGAUUUUUUGUGAUGUUUUUGUCGAUUUCGUUUGUACUUCAUGUUGAUUUUGCUGCAAUUUUGUUGCUUCUUUUUCUUGUUUGUUAUGGAUUUCAGCGAAUUUAGGGUUCUUUUAUUUCUUGUACGGCUAUGUGUUGUGAGAUUAGGGUUUUGGGGUAUCGAUCUUAGGGAGGAUUUGAGCGGAAUUAGGAUUUCAUAUUGGUUUAAAUGUUUUAGGGUAUAAAGGUAAUCGACUAAUCCGAAUAUGAUUUGAUUUGGUUAGUUUUUGUGUUUCAUAGAUUUCAGAUGAAGGCUGAUAUAGGCAUGUUUUGAUGUUGGUACAUAUUACGAUAUUCGGGACAUUUGCCUAAAAUUAAUCUUGGUUAAUCACCACUUAUCAAUAACUUUUUACUAAUUAAAUAAUUUUGCACUUAAUUUCUCUGAAUGAUGUAGGAUACCAUGAAAAUUUGUUAAUGCCUAGCAUAAUUAGUGCAAUGACAACGCCAAAAACUAAACCUAAGAUACAAAAAUAAGCGGCCUAAGUUUUAUUAGUGUUGAACCAAUUAAUCAUGGUUUACUUUAAUUAGUUAAGGGCUUGUUGGAUAUCACAGUCACUCUUGUCACACCACUCUUCUUCAUUCUUGCUGCCAAGCUGGUCUUGUCCGAAGCUGUGAUUAUUCUCGGACUUUAUUGGUUGAUUGAUGCCGAAUUUCUGAUCAAAAAUAUCUGUUUUCAGCUAAUUCUGUGGUCAACGUGCUGUUGUAGGGGUAGGUUCAUCUGAGGUUGAAGCAAAGUAGACAGGUUUACAAUAUUGAUAUAGGUGUACUGAGGGAAGAAGGGUGAGUAGUGAUGGCUUUCAAGCCAUUUGAUUGGUAUUGCCAGCCAGUGGCGAAUGGUGUAUGGGCAACAGCGGUGCAAAAUGCUCUGGGAGCUUUUACACCCUGUACCACAGACACUAUUGUGAUUUGCAUAUCACAUUUAGCUAUGAUGGGGCUGUGUGUAUAUCGAAUAUGGAUAACCAACAUGAAUUUCAAAGCUGAGAAGUUUUGUUUGAGGUCCAAAUAUUACAACUACUUUUUGGCUUUGUUGGCUGGUUACUCUGCAGCUGAACAUUUGUUCAGGUUAAUCAUGGGUGUUUCGGUGCUUAAUUUGGAAGGGGAGGCUGGUCUUGCGCCAUUUGAGCAAGUAAAUUACAGUAAUGCUAGAAAAUGAGAAAAAGAAGGUUG